ACUCUUCUCCCUUGGAAGGACCCCAAGCCGGCGAAAAGAUGGCGGCGCCCUGUUGCCAGGUGGUGGCUGUGGAUUUCGAGCAAUGGUUGGAAAAGCGAUUGGAAGAGAUGGGGAUGGACCCGGCUGUGUACCCGGCGUACAUUCAAGGAGUUUUAAGGGAGGAGGAGAACCCCGAGGAAAGAGACGAGGCGCUUCUGGGGAUUUUGUCCGCCUUCCUGGAAGAAGAUUCCAUAGAGGAAGUGUGCCUUGAGAUUGUUACCAAAUGGAGUGAAGCACAGAAAGCUGCUGAGACACGAGAUAAACAGGAAGAUGAGGUCCAGGCUCUCACCAGCAUGAUAGAGAAGCAAGCGCAGAUUGUUGUAAAGACCAAGGAGGUGUCCUCAGAAGAACAGCAGAGAAAGGCCGCCCUCCUUGCUCAGUAUGCAAAUGUGACAGAUGGAGAGGAAUCAGAUGAAGAGGUGGAGAUGAGUUCUGCAGCAGCCAACUUCCUGCCUUCUGAUAAAUCACUAUUUAAAAACACCAACUUAGAAGAUGUGCUUAACGCCAAGAAAGUGGAACGUGAUGCCAUGCGUGAUGCUUCUCAAAAAAAGAAGGACCAAGACAAGCAACAGAGAGAAAAGGAUAAAGUGUCAAAACAAGAGCGAAAAGACAGGGAGAAAAAGCGCACACAGAAGGGGGAGCGCAAGCGAUAAGAUCACCUUUGAUUACCCUCUGGUGCUGGGACAACUAACAGGAGUGGGGGGGUUAUGUAGGGGCACACAUCAUAAAGUCAAAUUAUGGUCUUCUCCGAUUUGAGUUUUGCAGAGCAGUUUGUGCAAAAAAGCUGUGCACAUGUUGCAGUGCACUCUGCCUCAAGCCAGCAAAAAGUGCAAGCUGCUCUGUCAUGGGAAUAUUCCAUGUCUGUAACCUGUCUCUGAUUACUGGUAUUUUUGGAAAGGAAUUCAUGGACUCUCAUCCAUUUGGAAGUUUCUCAAGUUCAGGCAUAUGAUAAGGGGGUUGUUUUCCUUACACUCUGCAACCCAACUUCCUCCAGCACUGAUUAAAGUUUACAUAUUUGUAGAUUGGCGUCUGCAAUAAAUGCUGACUGAAAAACGUAUCUUUGUUUUGACAAA